CUCGCGUCAGGCUGCUUCCCUCCUGUAGUGACGUAACCCAAAGACACAAUUGGGUAGAGUGUCUACCGCACUACCCUGGAUAGAGGGUCUGUUCCGCACUACCUUGGAUAGAUGGUCUGUUCACAUAAUACCUCGGAUAGAGGGUCUGUUCCGCACUACCCUGGAUAGAGGGUCUGUUCACAUAAUACUUCGGAUAGAGGGUCUGUUCUGCACUACCUUGGAUAGACUGUCUGUUCCGAACUAUCCUGGAUAGAGGGUCUGUUCCGCACUACCUUUGAUAGGCGGUCUGUUCCACACUACCCUGGAUAGACUGUAUGUUCCACAAUACCUCGGAUAGAGGGUCUGUUACGCACUAACCUGGAUAGAUGGUCUGUUCCGCACUACCCCGGAUAGAGGGCCUGUUCCAGAGAGCUAAGGGACGACGGGGCUCUAGUUCAGUAGGGCAGUGUUGCUCCAAGUUCUAGUUCAAUGGGGCAGUGUUGUUCCAAGGUCCAUAUUGACAGGCUCAACGUGGCCGGAUACGUCCAUGGCGGAGUGGGCCACGACAACACCGCCGACACCAUCACCGGCGGAAUAGCAAACGAGGGGACAGCUGAACAUCCAGACAAUGGUAGUGUUACAGUGAAGAUAGGAUGUGAUGACCAGGGAAUCACAGAUAGUAUACCACGUGUUUCUACUGACAAUAGAAAUAAAGGAAACAUACCACGUGAUUCUACUAACAUGGGAAACACACCACAUGAUUCUACUGAGAUGGGAAACAUACCACGUGACUCUACUGACAUGGGAAACACACCAUGUGACUCUACUGACAUGGGAAACGAAAGCACGAGACAUACAUCAGGUGACCGGGAACAUCAGGAGUCCGCUAAGGACAUUAGACACCCGAACGCCCAAACGCCAAAAGACAGCUGGACCCUAAACUCAACCAUGCAAGCUCCCGUGGGGGGAGAGGGAGUGUCAUUCCAUGAUAUAGACAUGCUCAACCUCGAGGUGGUACGUGUGGCUGGUGAUGACAAGAGAGUGCAUUGUCUCCCCUUGGCGGAUAUAGUUGACAUCAACAUGAGUGACCAGAUCGGCAAAACGCCGCUUAUUGUUGCAGCAUGGAAGGGUCGCCAGGAUGUCUUUGGCUUCCUGGUUGGGAGAGGAGCUGAUGAGUCGGUCACAGACGCCUAUUCCAACAACAUCCUUCACUGGGCGUGUCACGGAGGUGAUGUGGGGAUGGUGCAGUUUAUCGUCUCUGAACGUCUUGUUGAUAUAGACAGUAGGGGGAAGGACAGGUACACGCCCGUCAUGAUGGCGGCAGAACGCAGACACAAGGAUGUGGUCACCUUGCUGGUGCAGGCAGGAUGUAACAUGUCGCAUGUGACCAAUGGCGGGAACAAUAUCCUGCAUGUUACCUGCGCUUGUGGGGAUAUAACCACUGUUAAAUAUAUCCUAUCCAAGAAUAGUGUCAACAUCAACAGCAGCGGGAUGAACGAGAGGACAGCGGCGAUGAUUGCCGCCUUGAGGGGGCAUAGAGCUGUGUUUGAACUUCUUGUAAGCGAAGGUUGCGACUUGUCGCCUGUAACCCACAACAACAACAACAUCCUUCACGAGGCGUGUGUAGGUGGAGACGUGGGUAUUGUCAACUACAUCGUCUCCACAGAUAUUGUUGAUAUCAACAGUAGAGGUAAGUAUGACAGGACGCCAGUGAUGGUUGCCGCCGAGUUUGGACAUAUUGACGUCCUGGAGCUGCUGGUGAGGGAAGGAGGUGACGUGAAUCUCCGGUCUGAUGCAGGCAAUACCAUCCUCCAUGCAGCGUGUCUUGGAGGGUACGUCAAGGUGGUGUCACACGUCCUCACGACGACACACGUCGAUAUCAACGCCCAGGGUAUUCAGGGGCGGACCCCUUUGAUGUUAGCGGCAUGGAAGGGGCACCAAGAUGUGUUUGAACUCCUUGUGAGUGCGGGAAGUGACGUGUCUCUCGUGGACGAUGGCGGUAACAAUAUUCUUCAUGUGGCUUGUCGUGGAGGACAUGUUGAGAUGGUGACGUAUCUCCUGUCGAAAAAACUUGCUGACAGUGACGCGACCGACAAACAAGGGUCUACAGCCAUUAUGAUAGCGAAAGAGAAAAAACACAAAGCUGUUGUGGAUGUCCUUUCGUCCAAGGUCAAACUGCCAAGUGAUUAGACAGUGCUAGGAGUGACGUACAUGUAAUACAUUAUUCUUUCAUGAGGUAAGGCACCCAUGAAGGUCCGGGUAAGAAGUGGUUCUCAGCAACCCAAGUUUGUAAGGGGCAACUAACGGGAUCGGAUGAUCAGGCUCGUAUCCCAAUUACGUAGAUCGAUGCCCAUGCUGUUGAUCACUGGAUUGUCUGGUCCAGGCGAGAUUAUUUACAGGCCGCCGGUAUAAACGGGCUCUUGUUGAGUGCGGCGUUAAACAAAACAAACAAAUCAUAUUGUGAAGACAGCCAUUGCUUUUGUUAAAAAGCAUCCUUAAGUAAGUGGAACAAAUACGGCAUUUAAAAUGUUGCUUACCGUCGUGACACCUUUAAUCUUCUAUUGAUGCUUAUCCUCGUGACACCUUUAAUCCUUCAUUGAUGCUUACCGUCGUGACACCUUUAAUCUUGUUCAGUCAGUCCAGAGGGUGUGUCAUGGAGUAAGUGAGUGACUUAUUUGAACGCUGCUGUGAGGAGUAUAUAUAGGUUACAUCACGACGUGUCUGCUUGAUGUGGGAGGGAAACCCGAAGUUAUUCGCUCUAGCGAAACCCAGAAUCAUGGUUCUGACAAACCAGGGUUGAACUGACGCUAGGAUUUGAACCCACUACCCUCAGGAAUAGCGGCAACGCGGACGACACUCCCUCCAAUGUGGAAAGUGCGUGAACGGCAUUUUAGUCUGUGUAUUAGGCCUACCUGACUUGUUUAUACCCGUACCUUGUGUAUUGCACACAGUCUAAUUACAAAUAGUCACUAUGUAUGUGUAUAGUUGUCUAGUGAAUAAAUGUCGAUAUAGAUGCUAGUAUAAAGUUUAA